AUGUUGCCCUAUAUAGACACUCUGUUUGGCUACCCUGCUCAGCUCACAGGCGCCUCGAUAGAUGAGCUCAAGCUGAUCGCUUCGUUCCUGCUCUCCUACCCGCUCGCCGGUUUACUGAAACGCAUCCCCGACUCCCAGCCCUGGAAAAAGAAUGCCUUCAUCAUCGGUGUCUCACUGUUCUACAUUGUCGGCCUAUUCGACCUCUGGGAUGGCCUGCGCACACUUCUCUACAGUGCGGCCGGUACCUAUGCCAUUGCAUACUAUGUGGAUGGCUCGCUGAUGCCCUGGAUUGGGUUCCUCUUCCUCAUGGGCCACAUGUCGAUCAGCCAUAUCUACCGCCAAAUCCUCGAUGACGCGCAAAUGAUCGAUAUCACCGGAGCACAAAUGGUGCUGGUUAUGAAACUUUCUUCUUUCUGUUGGAACAUUCACGACGGUCGUCUCCCUCAAGAGCAGCUGUCAGAUGCGCAAAAGUACUCUGCGAUCACCGAGUUCCCUAGCAUCGUGAACUACCUGGGCUAUGUCAUGUUCUUCCCAUCCCUGUUUGCUGGUCCGUCUUUCGAGUACGUUGACUACCGCCGCUGGCUGGACACGACUCUGUUCGACAUCCCCCCAGGCACAGACCCAGCCAAGGUCCCUCCGACCAGGAAGAAGCGCAAGAUUCCUCGCAGUGGCACACCUGCUACGAAGAAAGCCGCCAUCGGCUUGUUCUGGAUCUUUGCCUUCCUGAAGCUGGGCUCGUGGUUCACUACAGACUUUGUGCUAUCCGAUGCAUUCAUGGAAUUCUCCUUCCCUCGCCGUGUCUUCACCGUGUACAUGCUCGGCUUCACCACGCGGCUGAAGUAUUAUGGUGUCUGGUCUCUGACAGAGGGUGCCUGCAUCCUGUCAGGUAUGGGAUACAACGGCUUCGAUGCGAGAUCAGGCAAGGUUUUCUGGAACCGACUCGAGAACGUUGACCCCUACAGCCUUGAGACCGCCCAGAACUCAUAUGGCUACCUUGGUAGCUGGAACAAAAACACUAACCAUUGGCUGCGCAACUAUAUCUACCUGCGUGUCACGCCAAAGGGCAAGAAGCCCGGCUUCCGUGCUAGUAUGGCUACCUUUGCGACCAGCGCUCUGUGGCACGGCUUCUACCCCGGCUACUACCUGACCUUUGUGCUGGGCUCCUUCAUCCAGACCGUUGCAAAGAACUUCCGCCGCUACGUGCGCCCCUUCUUCAUGACCCCGGACGGCAGCAAACCAACCCCUUACAAGCGGUACUACGACAUCCUCAGCUGGGUAGCAACCCAGUUCACCCUAGGCUUCGCCGUCCUCCCCUUCAUCCUCCUCAAUUUCACCGACUCAAUGACCGUCUGGUCGCGCGUGUACUUCUACGGUAUCUUCUUCACCGCAGCCUCCCUCGCUGCAUUCGCCUCCUUCUCCCCCGUCAAGGCGUAUCUCGUCGGCCAACUCAAGCGUCGUAACCGGCCCCAUGCCCCGCGCACAAUGAGCCAAGAGACCGUGCGCCCGCCAACACUGGGUCUGCCGAAUGAUCCCGAGCGCGACUUUGACGAGGCUGUUGCGGAAAUCAGGGCGGAGAUUGAGUCGAGGAGGAGGAGGGGGAGUGUGGUUACUAUGCCUACUGGAGAGGAGUUGAAGAUUGCUGUUGAGCAGAAGAUUGGGCGGAAGCUUUAG